AUGGCUGCUUUCUUUAACGACAUCACGCAAGCACUUACGACUCUUGCCAUAAACGACCCAAUCCAGCACGAUCGAGGCCACAAUCCAGUCAUCAACCCCAAGUUCCCCGACUUCUCCACAAGCACAUAUGCUGCUAGAGGCCGGGACAUUCGCUUCACACCUGAACCCACCGGUCCGAUGCGGCCAAACUUCAUUCCAGACGGUCCGAGUACUCGCCUCAUCGGGCGCUUCUAUCCUACUGAUACUUCGAUGCCGAUGUGUUCGCUCGAUGUCAUCAGGCCGCUCCAGACUGUGGGAACGCUGAGAAGCCAAUCCACUGUUGGCAGAUGGAAGGCUAUGUGCGACAACUGCUUUGAGCACUGCGCCGAAGGCUUUUGGGAGAAGGCUUGUCAGAUUAACACCCGAACCAAGCAAACAACCUCAGCAGUCCGGUUCAUGGGGCGAUGCAACAAGUGCGGCCGAUCUUUUGCUGAGUCUGUAUCUGGAAUCUGA